AUGAGCCGAAUCUAUAUCUCCGCCCCGGGCUCGAUUCAAGUUCCAGACGAUCGGCCAAGGGCCCCCAUCAUCGACUCGCACGUCCAUCUUUACCCUGCAUCCGAGCAGACGUCGCUCGCAUGGUACAUUCCCGGUAGUCCGUUGUCAGGCCAAUACUCUGUCGAGCAAUAUCACCAAGACACGUCAUCGAAUGACCCUGCUCCCGAGGGGCUGAUCUUUAUCGAGGCUGAUCGCAGGAAUGACCACUCGAAAAACUGGGCACGUCCUCUGGACGAGGUUCUCUGGGCACGGCGCAUCGUCACCGGGCAGCCGAAGCCCAAUGAAGGCCACAAUCUCGGGGACGCCGACUUGUGUCUCGCCAUCAUCCCCUGGGCUCCCAUGGACCAAGGCCCUGAGGAGCUCGAAAGAUAUCUCAAUUUAGUACAGAAUUUAGCUGGGCCUGCUUGGCCCAAGGUGAAGGGCUUUCGGUUCCUCCUACAGGACAAGAAUAACGGCACUGGUCUGACCGACAAGUUCAUCGGCAGCUUGAAGCUUCUGGGAAAGAAGAAAUUCGUGUUUGAAGUGGGCAUUGACGCUCACCAAAGGGAUCUUAAGCAGAUGGAAGAAGCGCUGGAGAUGAUAAAGCGUGCUCAUGACGUGGAAGAGGGCAAAGAGGAUGAGAAAGUAGUCUUCAUACUAGACCACAUGUGCAAGCCCGACUUAUCCGCUUCCGAUGAAUGGCGUUAUAACUUUGUCAGAAUCUUGUGCAACCUCAGCGAUUGCGGGGGGAGCAACAUAUACAUGAAGCUAAGCGGCGGCUUUUCCGAGCUCCCCGUCGACGAGAGAACAUUGCCGGACGAGAAAGUAUACGGCAUCCUCUCAAGAUGGUUACCCAUGUACAGUGCAUUUGGCCCAGCGAGAGUCAUGUUCGGCAGCGACUGGCCCGUGUGCAACUUGGGCACUGGCCGCGGCGCAUGGAGGAAGUGGUAUAACAUGAUCCGGAUGAUGUGUUAUCACUCGAAACUGUCUUUGGAAGAAGAAACGAUGAUUUUCAGCGGCACUGCGAGAAAGGCGUACAAGCUCGACGAUGAGACCCCAGUUGUGGUGGUCUAA